AUUACGUUUAUGUGAAAUUGUGAAGUACUAUCUUACAAGUCACAAACAACUUGGUCAAUAGUCAUACUCCAAAGUAGAUAUCCUUUCACUCAUACAUACCAAUUCCCAAACAAGAACAAACACGACAAAAGAAAAACGCAAUGAGCUUGUCACUCCUCCAAGGCUAUUCCUCUGCUGAAGAAGACGAACACAAACAAGGAAAUUCCGGUUUCUCCGAUAGCGAAGAUGAAUCCGAUACUGAACAAAACAACACCGCUUCACAUUUUCCUGCAACAUACAAACCAAUAAUCCCCCCAAAACCUUCCCAUGACUCUUCUCUUCCUUCAGCAGUAGAUGUUUUCUCUGAAAUUUCAGGCCCUCCUCGGUUUCUUAAUAAUUGUGUUGAAGAUCAAAGUUUAAGAAGAACGGAUGUUGUUCAUCAGGGUCACAAGAAAAGUAGAGACAGAAAAGAUUUGCCUGCUGGUGCUGUGGUAGAGGCAAAAGCCCAUGUAACAGGAAUACGUGAGCGAGUAAGGAGUGAUAAUGAGGGUAAUGUUACUUCAACUCAGCCUCAGAAACAUGCUGGAGCUGCAACUGACUUAAAACCAAGCAUGUGCUUGCAAUGUGGAAUACCUAAGACCUAUUCUAGUUCUACUGGGUGGGUUUGUCCGCAAUGCAGUGCUUUAGGUGACUCCAAGAACAGAGGAUCUACCGUUAAAGACAAGGAGAAGGUCAAGAGAAUGAGAGGCCAAUCUUCUCACGCGACAUGGAAAAGUGAGACGGAGAUGCAUCUUAGGCAGCAAUUUGAUUAGCGGAAUCAGAGGAACGUCUUAAUUUUAGAAACUAGUGUUGUACUUUUAAGAUAAAGUUGGAAUGUUGGUUUUAUCGAAGUAAUUAUCAAUCAACUGUGGUAGCUGCAGUUGAUUUGGUGGUACGUUUCUUCAGAAUCCGUGAUUCUAUUCACUAAUUCUUCCUCCUCAGUCCAAAGGCAGUGUAGCGGGAGGAAUAAGAUCAGAAUCUUAAAAAUUCAAUGAAGAUUCGAGUGUUUAAGUUGUUUUGAAAA